AUGGGAACUCCAACACCCCAUAACGGUAACCCAUCCGUGGCCACAAAGGAAAGCGUGCCAGACCUUUCACCCUGCUUGCACCAUCUGGAGAGCUCUGGCCCGGAUACGGCAGGGCAGACACAUUACCGUCCCCCAAAAGGUCUAACAGUCCAACGCUUGAACCGCUGCUACUAUUCAUGCCCUGCGGGGUUGAAUUAUUGA